AUGUGGUGGUUUCAGCAAGGCCUCAGUCUCCUUCCUUCAGCUCUUGUAAUAUGGACUGCUGCUGCUUUCAUCUUUUCAUACAUCACUGCAAUAACACUUCAUCAUGUUGGCCUUGCUUUGCCUCAUAUAAGUGACACUGGUACAAUAGCUCCAGAAAAAUGCUUGUUUGGAGUAAUGCUAAAUAUCACUUCAGUUUUAUCCAUUGCUACCAUUUAUGUUCAUUAUAAGCAAGUUCAUGCUUUGAAUCCUGAAGAAAAUCGCAUCAUCAGAUUAAAUAAAACCGUCCUUGUAUUUGGAUUACUGAGUUGUUUAGGACUUUCUAUUGUGGCAAGCUUCCAGAAAACAGCCCUUUUUGUUGUACAUGUAGGUGGAGCGAUCCUCACCUUUAGACUGGGCUCAUUGUAUAUGUCUGUUCAGACUAUCCUUUCCUACCACAUGCAACCUAGAAUUCAUGGCAAUCAAGUCUUCUGGAUCAGACUACUGCUGGUUAUCUGGUGUGUAGUAAGUGCACUUAGCAUGCUGACUUGCUCAUCACUCCCGUACACGGGUAAUUUUGGCAGUGAUGUAAUACAGAAACUCCAUUGGAACCCUGAGGACAGAGGUUAUGCACUUCACUUGAUCACUACUGCAGCUGAAUGGUCCAUGUCAUUUCCUUUCUUUGGCUUUUUUCUUACUUAUAUUCGUGAUUUUCAGAAAAUUUCUUUGCGAGUGGAAGCCAGUUUGAAAGGAUUAACACUCUAUGACACUGUCCCUUGCCCAGUUAACAAUGAACGAGCUCGACUACUUUCCAGAGACUUAUGA